CAUGAGAUCCAUAUUUUCAUCGUGGAGUGAGAGGUAUAGAAAAUAGAGGAAUAUUGAAUGGGGUGUGCGGCGGAGGAUUCGAGUAGACAAAGGAACAACAUAGGCCAGCAACAGCGAGAGAGCGCUCGCGGUGUGGAAAGUGUUGGAGCAAAGGCAGAAGAAUGAACAGAAAAAUACAAUGUGAAUGCAAAAAGAGCAACUGGUGUAGUGAGAAAAUUGGAUUUUCCUCCUCCGUCCGAAGUGGACGACGGGCGGGCGCUAUAGGUAGACGACGCGCGCGGUUGGGGAUAAAUCGUGACGAAGCGACGACGUCGGGAACCAGUCAGCUAAGCACUCAGCAGCAGCGGCACUAGUGCGUCCAUAUUUUUUGCCUCGAACAGAACGAAAACCACUGUUACGCGUAGAUUUACAUUGUGUGAUACCGACAGAUUGUGUGACUUAUGGCACGCAACCGGAAAUCGUUCGCUGUUCCGGAGUCUCUAACUCGAAACAAAUUGUGCAGGAGUGAUUGAAGAAGCUCCAAAUUGCUGGGAAAAGAGUGUGAUAAAUCUUGUGAUAUGUAGAGAAAGAGAAAAUCCGGGUAUAUUCUUGUGUAUGCAGCAGGAAUGCUGUGUGCUUGCAUCAUAUGGAAGUGUCGGUAGGCGUCUGAUAGCCUUGAAUUCGAGAAGUGCUUACACAGGAAGUGUAAUGAUGUUUAGAUUUCGAACUGUAACGCAAUUCUCCAGCAGCAGACGCAAUCAAUUUUGAAAGUGUACGAUGUUUAUUAUUAAAAACGAAAAUUGAACCGAACUUAGCAAUAGAAGCCAGAUCGGCCAGCAACGACGAAGAGUGACCCCCGCGUGUAAAUCAUCUGUUUUGGCUGGAGAGUAGCUCCCACCGAUCAGCGAAACACAAUGUGACUGUGCAGGUCCCGAUGUAAGGCAUUUGAUGUAAACAAAAACAUACGGAAAGUGUAAUGAAGUGGAAUCGUUCGUGCAAUUUCAAUUAUUCACAAAGAGAAGCGAAGAGUAGUUUAGGUGUACGAAGCUUUUCGUGAUUUCACGUUCGUAAGCGAAAAGAAGAAAAUCGAACUCUUAUAUUACAACAGGGAGUGUCGUGAGACCUGUGCGUAGUUGUCGUCAAGUUGAAUCGAAUCGGGUUGGAAAAAUGAGUUUCACUUGUUGAACGGUGUCGCGUUCCGUGUACUCGUGGCCAUGCCAAUGCGAAAAUAUCGACCCACAUCGUCGACGUCUGCCAGCUGUACUAGUAGUAGCAGCAGUAGCAACAGCACAAUCACCAAUCUGACCGUUACAAACGUGACACCGACGAUAACGACCCUGGCAGGCGCCACUAGUCUAACCCCUGUGGUACCGCAGCACUAUCAUCAGCUGGCUGUUGCUACUGCCACCAGUACGGCCCAGCGAGUUGUCCACCAUCAUCACCAUCACGCGGCCAAUUGCAACUUGAAUCUCAUCACCACCGCCGCCGCCGGAGCAUACCAAACGAUCGCUCAGCAACCCCAACCGGCUGCACUGCAACGCACCACCAUCCAUUCGGCACCACCGAUUCUUGAUCCACUUCCGCUGUGUCUCGAUGCCAACGGAACGUACCUCUGCACCGCCUACAAUCCACGAUGCUACAUCAUACAAAAGUUGACGCCCACGCCGGUGAGCUGUAUAACGUACGAGCUGACACCGGUGGCUCCAUUCACGACAAUUCCGGCUACAAGCGUAGCCAGUACGGUUGGCUCAGCGGCUUGCAUCGAAGAGAUCAUUGAUUAUCCGAAGUCGCAUCCUGCGACGGUUGAAUUUGUUCAUCACCAGCAGCAGCAUCAGCAGCAGCAUCAGCAUCAGCAGCAUCAGCAGCAGCAGCAGCAUCAUCAUCAUCAUUCGCAACCACCGCAAGUCGUGCAAUACGUAGAUGCUGGCGUUGCUGCCGGUGUUCACAGUGCCAAUGUAAUAACACCCACCAGCGGGGGGAGUAGCAGUGGUGGUAUUGUAAACCCUAGUAGUGUAUCGAAUAGCAGUGCAACUAGUGGGCAUAACGAAUUGCUAAGUGUGAUUGAGGCGAUUGGUGCAGGAGGAGGCAGUGGUGAAGUGAUACCAAUCGUUGCCUCGAGUGCUACGAAUUUUGCUUUUAUCAGCAAUAGUAUCGCUACCACUAGCAGUGCCGGAGGCUCGGGUCUGUUGGCAACUGGCGGAAUAGGUAGUGGGCAGCUAGCAGGCGCCGGAAGUGUUACCAAAGUACAAACCAUGCUACAACCAACGGCAUUGGCAAUUGGUGCUCCGGUAGGGAGCGGUUAUGCAACGACCCCGGUCAAACCGGCAGGUCUAGCACCAGGAGGUUACGUGUUGAUGAAUGGGGAUGCUGGAAAAAUGCCCACUUCUACCGCUGUGUAUCCAACAGGUGCUGAAGCCAUCAUCACCGGUGGGAUGGCCGGUUUGACGCUAGUUGGGGCACAUCCUUCACAGACGACACACCUUGCCAUGGCUCCUGCGACAGUUGUUCCUGCCGGCGUAGCUGUUGCCACCGAUUACACCCUCAUGAAUGGCGGCGCCACCGCUUCGAACCAGAGCAGCAGCAACAACAACAAUAACACAAACAAUAGCAGUAGUAAUAGUAGCAACGUGAUGCUAUCGAACGAACCGGCGGCAGGUGACUACUACACAAUGAACGCCACCCAAGCGAUGGCGGUGGACAACAGCAGUGCUGCUAUCACUUCCUCGUCUAAUCCUACGGUUACCACAAACAAUAACAACAACAGCACUAGUAGCAAUCAAACUAGCAGUCUAACUGCAGGCAGCACCAACAAUAACAACAUUAGUAGUAAUGUUAGUAGCAGCAGCACACAGACAACAAUGGGCAGCGGCGGCGCAGGUGGUCCCGUUGCUGCUGGCAUUGUCAACAGUGGCGGUAACGGCGGAACCGCCGCUCCUACCGCCAACGCCACCACCAGCACCAGUGAUACUAGUAGUACCGAAAACAAUGGAAUGCCUUUAGAGCAGCUGAAGCAGCAGCUACAGACGCAGCUCGAUUACUAUUUUUCGAGAGAAAAUCUAGCCAACGACACAUAUCUGAUAUCCCAGAUGGACAACGAUCAGUACGUGCCGAUCUGGACGGUGGCCAACUUCAACCUGGUGAAGAAGCUCACCAAGGACAUCAAGCUCAUCACGGAUGUGAUGCGCGAAUCGCCUAACGUGCAGGUGGACGAAGAGGGCCUCAAGGUGCGACCGAACCACAAGCGUUGCAUUGUUAUCUUACGCGAGAUACCGGACAACACGCCGAUCGAGGAAGUCAAGAACAUAUUCCAAGGUGAAAACUGUCCACGCUUCAUCUCGUGCGAAUUUGCUCACAACAAUUCCUGGUACAUUACGUUCGAAUCGGACGAUGAUGCACAGCGUGCGUUCCGGUAUCUGCGGGAAGAUGUUAAGGAAUUUCAGGGAAAACCAAUCAUGGCUCGAAUAAAGGCCAAACCAAUGAACAGGCUUCCGCUGGCUGCCGGAGUACCGCUGAAGAAUGGCUUCCGAACGACACCGCCACCGCCAACCGGUGCCGCGGUGGCUGUUCCGCCGGGUGCUGGCGGUGCUUCUGCAGCCGCUGCUGCUGCCGCCGCCGCAGCUGCAGCAGCGGCCGCCGUCUACGAUCCCGUGCAAGCCGCAGCUGCCUUUCCCGGCCAGCAGCGGUACAUUACACUGCAGCCGAACCCGAGUGCGAUACCGCAGGGAACCGCCGUGCCAACGUACAAUGCACCAGUUCACAUGUUUCCAUUCCAGCAGCAGUUCUAUCCCGGUCUAAUGCAACCUUGGCCAGCUGCCCCACCACCGGCUCAAAACUACUACGACCUGAGUACGUUCGUGACGAGCAAUGGCCUGGCUCCUCAGGUACCGUUCACCACCGGAGGAAAGCAGCAGAACGGGCGAUUCAGCAUGCAGGGUAGCAUUGGUGGACCUCACCGGGGCAAUAUCCGCGGCAAGCGACAGCCCAACCCAUCGAUACCUACGGGUAGUAGCGAGCAUCGUUCCGGUGGUGCCAACACGGGUGGCGGCGGAGGAGGAACCAAUGUAGCAGGUCAAAACAGCGUUACAGGUUCCGGGGCCAUCGAAAGUCAACCGAGUCAUCGAGUAUCGAACCCACAGCCACACUACCACCAACAGCAGACAGUUCAACAGCAGCAGCAAUCCCAGCAACAGCAGCAGCCGCCUCAGCAGCCACAAUCGCACUACCAGCCACAAGCUGGCGGCGGCAAAAACUCCUCUUUGCUGGGACACGGUGGAAAAGCUUAUCACAAGGACCCAUCUAUUGUGCCACACUAUCAGCAUUAUCAACCGCAGCCACAGCAUUAUAGCAAUCAUCCGCAGUCUCAUCAUCACCAUCAGCAGCAGCAACAGGGCGACGAGUCGGGCAACUCUGCCGGUGCCGUAAGCAUGCGACCGGUAAACCAAACCGGGAGCAGUGCUGACCAUUACCAGUCGAACGACGAUAGUAGUGGCUAUAGCAGCUUGCCGUACAACAGUGGCCGGAACAAGAAUCUUGACGGCCAGCAGCAACAGCAGCCGUCUGCUCCGUGGGCAUCGAAUCAAUCGCGACGUCAUACUCGACGAAGAAAAGAUGACAUGGACAGCGGCGGCGGUGGUGGUACUCUGUACAGCAGUGCAGGAGGCGUCCGGUCUACCAUGAGCUACAAUAGUAAUAGUAAUAGUCUUAGCAGUAGUAUGAACAACGGUGCAAAUUCAAACGUCAAGGUUAUGAACUCAACUAGUCUCAAUCAAUUGAUCCCUUCGUCGGGAGGACCUCCACACGGGCGUGGUGCUCGUGGAGGAGCACUCGGCGGCGCAAAUCAGGAUAACCAGGUUCUCAAUUCAGCAGGGUCGGGAAACGUGAUUGCGUCGAUGGGUGGCGAAGCUGGCGGCGGUGGUAGUCAUCAUCAUCAUCACCCCAGUGGCGGUGGUGGUGGUGGGGGCUACCAUCCUCAUCAUCAUCAUCGAGGUGCAGUUACUACUGGGUUUCACCAGCAGCAACAUCCGCACCAUCACAGCCAACAGCAGCAUCAGCAGCAGCAACAGUCGCACUUGCAGCAAACGUCCAGCAGCAGCAACGCGCAGCAGCAGCAGAAUGCCGCCAGCACCACUCAAUCGACGCAAUUCGACCUUGAACCAGCUGCAUUUCCACCCCUCCCCGGUCACGAUGACAACAGCACCAGUAGUUCCAGCGGUGCCAGUGGUGGGCGCAACAAGCACCAUCACUCCCGCGAUCAGCACCAUCAUCACCAACAGCACCAUCAAUCGCAUGGCGGCGGUAACCAAUCGAACGCUACCGCAGGCGGCUCCACCGGUGGUGGUAACCAUGGUUCCUCUAGUGAUCACUCUUCCCCCUUCGGUGCCGGGGUCGGUGCAACCGAUGUUCCCGCACCUCACCCCCCUGUGGCGACCGUCUGGGGCGAAAGCCGACUAGCCGAUGUUGUUAAAGGUACCGCCGCACUCGCAACGAAUGCCUCAUCGAAAGCAGCAGCAGCAGCAGCAAAAAAUACGACGUCCCUUCCACCGCCACAGCAGCAGCCAUCCCAAAGUAGCAUCAACAACAGUGAACUUAGUCAAAAAAACGCCACAGCUUCGGCAGCUGCCACUUCAGAAGUGAGCGCAGCCGCCGGACGUGACCAACAGCCUUCUACACCAGCAACACCGAACGAUUCCUUACAUGGCAACAGUGGCAGCAGCAACGAGUCUGCCUCUACGGCCUACAGCAGCAGCAUCAGCAGCGGCAGCAACAAUAACUCUAGCAAAGUAACUAAUAAUCCUCUUCCUGUGAUAAAAUGUACAACCACUAGUACAUCUGCAAGCACCACUGCGGAAAAAUCUACAAAGACUGACGAGUCAUUGCUACUACAAGUGAAUGGCUUGGAUUCAACGGUGACAACGAGCCCGGCAACGACUGCAACCGGCUCAACGACAACCUUUCGUAAGGCAACCGAUCCGGUGAGCUGCCCGACGACAACCAAUGCUGCUACGAUGACCUCGACUGAAUAUGUUAUUGUUGCCUCGUCUAGCAGCUCUUCCGGCUCUAACAAGCCCCACUCGUCAGCAUCAUCGUCGUCGUCGGCUACUUCUAUUACUAGUGCAUCUAACUCCGUGGCUGUGACUUCCGCUUCGACAAUGACUGUACCGGUAUCGGCUACCAAAGCGAAUAGUUCCAGCGUCAAACAGGGUGGCGGUGGCAGUCACAAGAACCCCAAAUCGCCUAUCACUCCGACUGCAGCUUCCGUUGCUGCUGCUGUUGCUUCAUCGUCUUCUACGUCGGCUAGUUCGUCGCAAGUUGCUUCCGCUCCGCCUCCUUUCUCCCUACAGAACCAUCCGCCACUAGGUGGCGUUCAGGCCGUUGUUCACGAACCGCAGCAGCCACGCCUUAGCUAUGCCCAGGUCGCCCAGCAUCUGAAGGAGCAACAGAUGAAGGAAAGGGAACAUCAGGAAAGCAGCGUCAAAGUAGUGGAAAAGGAAAACAACAACCAUCAGCAGCAGCAACCGCAGCAGAUUGCGGCUGGUAGCAGUAGUAUCAGCAGUAGCAUCAAUGGACCCAUUAGCGCUAGUAGUAGCAGCAGCAUCAGCAGCAAAAAGAAAGAUUCCCCGCCAAGUUCAAGACUGUCAACAACCUCGUCGUCGUCGCAAUCGCAGCACAGCAACGACGGUUUUAGGGAACAAAGAGAUACUCGCUACAGCAGUGGCAGCAACGCCAGCAACUCUGCCAACUCUCGCCAGAACGCCAAAGAUUUCCGCUCCUCGACAGGUGCUGCAGGUGGAGGCGGCGGUAGCAAUGCAAUCUCGUCACAAACUACCAACGCCACCACUACCACAACCACCAUCACCACCAGCACCACCACUGGAGCUGCUGGCAAUGGAAACGUAACCACAGCAACCUCCGGAGGUGCCGGUCAUCGAGGAGAAGCCAAUAACAACAACACCACCUCCGCCACUUCCGCCACCACCACGACCACCACCAGCAGCAGCGCCAGCAGUAAUAGCUUGAAAGCUCCCAACAACGGUGGAGGUAGGACGGCCCGACCGCACCAAUUGAAGGAUUAUGUCCAACCGCAGCACCAGCAGGGACCUCGGAGUCCCAAAUGAUGACGCUUAAUAUGGAUCUAAGCGUGCGCGCAGAGAAAAGAAGUGCAUCCCAAAAACCUGGAAAGAGCCCGCCGCGUUGUUUACUGUUUUGUUCGUGCGAGGUUUGUAGCAUACUGUGGAUCCACAGUGUUGGGAGUUGAGAGACAAGGCCGCUAGCCGAUGGGGUAGGAGUAUGGGGCGAUGAGUAUAAGAGAGGGAAAGAGGGAUUUCCGGGGGAUUGAUACUACAAGUCAAGUUGGUUAAUUAUUUUUCUUUGUUGAUUUUGUGUUAUGUUAAGUAAAGUGAGACGAAGCGAAGGAUAAGUUGGCAUGAAGCGGAGGGAUUUUCCGUAAAGCGGAGUUGAUUUGGUUGUCAGGAUAGGGGGUGGGGGAGAGGGGAAUGUGUCAUAGUGCUUUUUCGACUGCAGGUUUAGAUCUCACGGGGAACGACGAACCCCGCGGUGCGUUUGCGGCGUUGGAAUCGAGUGACUGACGGUUCCGCGCAAGUAUUAGACGAUUCCUGCAAACGUUCGGUACGCGUGGGGAAAUUUCAUUUGAAAAUGACAAUUUUUAGUAUGUGGUAGCUGCUAGAAACGGAAUGGAUGAGUUUUUGCAAGGCACGAUCGGAAUGUGUUCGAUAGGGACGAAUUUUUCACCUCACCAGACUUGUUAAUUUAAUUCGACUAAUUUCCUUGCUUUCUGUUGUUACAACGAGGUGUUAAAGUACCGAUCCCCGGUUACGGUAGUUCUUUACAGGUUUUCUGUAUAUUUUGCAGUAAUAUAAAUAAGCGUGCGAUUCAGGUUUACUUUGUGCUCCGUGCGCCAAUUUUUCAUUCAGUUUGCUCAAUUACCGAGUGGGAUGAUUUGCAGUACUUCACUUUACUUAUCUAUUGUAAUACUACGCUCAAACCCAUCGUCGGUCGUUAGGUUCUGUUUAAAUUGUUCUAAUUCGCCCUCAUCUUUUAGCCUCUAAAUGCACCUAUUCUUACGCGGCACUGUUUUCCAAAAUUCUAUGUAAAAGAGAAUGAAAAACCACAACCUAGUCUUUUAUUGUUUAUAUGUCCAAACAGAAACGAAAAAAAAAAUGGAGAAAAGCGAAACCUAUUUAGUCUUUGUCCAGCUUUCUUAUUCCUGCUAUUUCCCUAUGAUAAUUAUCUUAUUAAUUCCUUAAAACCUAGACUAAACUGUAAUUUAAUGGUUAGACAUACAGACAAGUGAAUAUUAUCUACUGUGCGACUCUUUUUUCAGUUUGUUAUUUGUUCUUUAGUUUGUUAAUGGAAUUCUCAAGGACCGCCUAGUAGAAAAUGUCCCAGAAGAAAAGAUGAAUAAAUACAACCGUUUUCGUCCUUCCUGUAAUGAUCGUUUCCACAAAAGCCGUUUUUGUUUAUGCCUUCAAUGAGUAAGUAGUCGUCCCACGAUUUGCUCUAGAAAUUGGUAAAUUCUCGUCACACUCAUUCCGGGUUUUGAUCCAUUCAUCCCGCAGAUCGCCCCAAUUUACUGCCAUAAACCCUUGAGUGGAUGUUUAGAAUCGACCCAUUUAUCACGAUCCACCUUUAAAAUUGUCUUAGUGGACGUCGAAUAACAUUAAACCAAGAGUCGUCCCGAUCCUCGGAAGAUGUUUCGUUACUCUCAUCCAGCGAAGGCGCUUAGUUAUAAAGAAGUAGCCAUCCGGCGUUUGGCGAAACGCAACCAAAAUAUUGACUGAUUUAAAGUUGAACAAACCGCUUGUGAGCUGGAAAAAUCUUCGGUGGAAUAGCUUAUGUAUUCGAGAAAAUGCUAAUUCGUUAGAAAGUUACUCAGGGCAACGUGUUGAAAUAUGCUAUUGCUUAAACUAGACCGUUUCAUCGAAUGAGUGCACGAAGCAAAUUGUAUUGGCAUGGAUUCGUCUGACAUUAAUUUCCUUUUGAGAUCAGUGUUGUUUACAAUGGAAAUGGAUCUUAGCGAAUUCAGUUGAUACACAUUUUGGAUACCGUUAUACUUUUCGGUGAAACGACCCUUCGAAAUCCGUAUUCGAUCGGUGUCAGCUUAGAUUAUUGCAUAUCCUGCCCGAAGAAUCUUAAUCAUAUUGCUAAAACAAAUGGCUUCAGAGAAUUAACGGGACAUUUCGAUUUUGUCCGGUGAAUUUAUGACCCAAUCCAAUGAAAUGGCGUACUUUGUGGAAAUGAUCUUCGGAAAAUUAUUGUUCGGGAAAACACAAUGCUAAAAUAUUUGGCUAACUAUGUUCCGCAACUGAUAACUCAUCCGGCGCGCUUCGGAACGGCUGCCCUCCUGUUCGGUUUUGCUCUAGAUGCCCUAGUUUGAUCUUUCAUAGUUUUCUCCAAGCAGGGAAUUUAUAUACGAAUUGCAAAGCAAGGGAUGGAGAUGUGUAUAUUUUUAGUAACUAAUUAGAAAAUCCGACGCGGUUAGUAACCAAAAUGCUAGUGAUCAAAGAAGGGUUCUAUCUACACACAAGCACACGCACUAGUAGAGGAGGUUUCAUAUUCCAUUUCCCAGUUGGCUAUCGUUGGCACACGGUUUUUUUUUUCAAAGCAGAGAUUUGGCUUGUUUUGAGGAUUUUGUUUUCGUUAGUUUUAUUGGAAGGUUAUUGGAUUAGAAUUUGCAAAAGAAACGUCUCCGGGCAUCUGUUUCAUUUGGAUGCAAUCGAGGGUACCCAGUUGCACUUGAAGCGUAUUUGUACUUUUAGUUGAUUCGGGAACGAGCCAAACGUUUAUACACAUAGAAGCAAAUAAACAAUUGCAAAGAGAGGGGAAAGUGAUGCUACAAGAGAAAAGGAAAGAAGCGAUUUUUGUUGCCUUAAAAACGAACUAAUCAAUACAAAGAAUAUAACAGAGGACAUAACCUAUAAGAGAUGUGUUGUACGUGUACUCUGCGUGUAUGUAAAACAAGCUAGGAACUUUCAAUUAUCAAGAGUGUAGCUUAUGAAUUUAGUGAAAAAAUAAAUUGUAAAAUAUGCAUGGUAUGAUAAGGUUACGAAUUUUUUAACCAGAUGUCGCUUCAUCGGAUUGCAAAAGAGCGUUAUGUUGUUGCUGUUUGCCAGGAAAUCCUUCCGCUCGAUUUGAUUUUUUACAGAUUAUUUAUAAUCCAUUUUCCGGUUUGUUUAUAUUUUGGUUGUUACGCGAG